AUGCACCUGCCCGGCUCCCCUCUGAGCAUGGCGGACGGGAGCUUCUCUCUCUCGGCCCACCUGGGCAGGAGCCCCGGCGGCCCCCCGUCCCGGCUGCACAGCAUCGAGGCCAUCCUGGGCUUCCCCAAGGAGGACGGGCUGCUGGGCGCCUUCCAGCCCGUGGGCAGCCCGCGGGCCCUGAAGGAGGCGGACAAGCGGAGCCCCCGGCCCUGCUACCCCAAAAUGCCCGGGGAGGGUGAGCUCCGGGCCCCGCCUGACGGUCUCUCCCCCCCUCCCGUUGCCCCAGAGCCCGGCUGCCUCCAGCACCCGCAGGAGCGGCUCAGCCCGCCGCGGCCGGACGCCAAGCUGGCGGACGAGGAGCAGCCCAAGAAGAAGCACCGGCGCAACCGCACCACCUUCACCACCUACCAGCUGCACGAGCUGGAGCGGGCCUUCGAGAAGUCGCACUACCCGGACGUGUACAGCCGCGAGGAGCUGGCCCUCAAGGUCAACCUGCCCGAAGUGCGCGUGCAGGUGUGGUUCCAGAACCGGAGAGCCAAAUGGAGAAGGCAAGAGAAACUGGAAGUCACUUCAAUGAAGCUGCAGGACUCCCCUAUACUCUCCUUCAGCCGAUCCCCCCAGCCCUCCGCCCUGGGCACCAUCAACAGCAAUUUACCGCUGGAGUCUUGGCUCACCCCACCGCUGGCUAACAGCACCCCUCUGCAGACUCUGCCCGGCUUCGUGGCUUCCCCCCAAAGCCUCCCCAGCAGCUACACCCCGCCACCUUUCCUGAAUUCGCCGCCACCCAUAAGCCACACCUUGCAGCCGCUGGGGACAAUGGGGCCUCCCCCGCCCUACCAGUGCGGGACCAAUUUUGUGGACAAAUUCCCCUUGGAAGAGACGGAUCCUAGGAACACCAGCAUAGCUGCGUUACGGCUGAAAGCAAAGGAGCAUAUUCAGUCCAUUGGGAAACCGUGGCAGACAAUCUGAAGGGACACGCAGAGAUCCAUCUCCCCACCCACCCCAGAACAACAGAGGACCCUACCAGCAUGGCUGGUACCUUUUGAUAAAAAGAUCCCCCCAGGAAAAUAAGUCGCCGAUCAUAGAUAGAUAGACGCCUCUGCAGUAGGCAUGUAAUUGAGAGGACGGAACAGCCUCCUAGCACAAGCUGCUCACAUCCCAGAUGGAGCUAAGCACUAAAGAAACGCGUUUCUUAGGUCCCAGUAGCCUCCCGCCCCUGAAGUUGCUUUGUUUGUAUUUUUUGUGUGUGUCCCUUUUAUAUCCCUGUGCAGAUUAGGGUUUGAUUCUAGUUUAAAGAUCUAACAAUUUGAUAUGACGUGUUGGCUGGACACUUGGUUAUAUUAACACUACAGUAGGGGCAGAGAAAUGUGUAGUCGGCGGGGGUUUUGUACCAUUAA